AUAAGCUAAGCUAAGCCAUACUAUCACGGUAACUUUGGGUUCGGGUACCGGUUUGGAGGUUCUCAUGACUUAUCAAAUGGACGCUCGCAUGCGUGCAUGCAUCCACACGCAUACAUACAUGCACGGGCGUGCAUAAUUAAUUUGUCAUGCAUAUUGGCUACUGGCACUUUCCUCUUAUCUAACUACCUAGUUUCUUCUCUACCGAUCCCUAACUACCUUCCUCAUUACUAUAUGGCUGGGUUUCCUUCUCUUGCUCUUGCUUCACAUCCUCCCCUCAUGUUAUAUCUCAUACCUAUAGCUAUCAUCUUUAUUCCCUUUCCCCAUUACUACUCCGAGAUCCAUAUAUGCUCCUCCUACCUAUUGCUUUGUUCGUGUGUUUUCCUUCUUUAUCACCCUCUAUUUCACACUGUGAUUCGGACCAUACCAACCAGACGACAGUAUCUGAAGGUAUCCUUCUAUAAAUGCCAUGAGCGGGAUGAUAAUGGAACGGAUGUGUAUGUAUGUUUACGCUUAUGCGGUGAAAUUUGGAGAAUAAAUUGCAUGCUGCAUUCUCGCUUGCUAAGCUGUUUGGUGGGUUCAGCUCGGCUGAAAAUGAUUGAGUAUGCUAGUAGCUGUUGGUAGUUAGAAUGGAUGAGUUGGGAAUGGUAAUAACGGAAUGGAAUCUCAUUGGGUUGGAUCGCUUUGCUUUGCUUGGUCUUUUCUACUGUUCAUGGUAGUAUUCAUGUCUUUAUGUCUCUAUUCAAGUUAUACGGGUAUCUCCCUAGUAUUGAUUUGUUUCUGUAUCAAACGAGGAAACCUCGAUUAGGUGUACAUGUGAUACUAUCUCUUGAGGGCUAUUCUUAUUUUGUCAAUGUAUCUCUUCACUUCUCUGCUCGGUAUUGAUGCAAG